AGUAGCAUGAGAAAUAAGACAACCAGGUCCAGGUGACAGGACUACCAAGUGACAGGACAAGGCUUGCAUUGACUCACCUGUAAAAUGGCAGCUGAGCACUCAACAAAAGGUUCUGAGGGUCUUACUCCUCAGUCUGAUCUUAGACUUGUACUGCUGGGGAAAGUUGGGGCCGGGAAGAGUGUGGUUGCCGGACACAUCCUGGGAGAAGGGAACUGGAAAGACAGAGGCAUGUGUGUGAAGAAGCAAGGAGAAGUAGCUGGAAGAACAGUGACUGUGGUGGAAACACCGGGUUGGGACAGAGUGUCUGUGAAACGCACGUCCAGCCGAAUCAAAAAGGAAAUAGUGAACAGUGUGACUCUGUUACCCCCAGGACCCCACGCUCUCCUGCUUGUGGUGCCCUUAGGGGAAGAGAUUUCAGGCAAUGAGAAAAAGUCCAACCAGCACCACAUGGAGCUUUUGUCAGAGAGGGUUUGGAAACACACUAUGCUCCUGUUUGUUAGUGAAGAAGAGGAUACAUUGACUCUCUCCAAACAGGUUAUGGAGAGUACAAAAACACUUUUGGAGAAAUGUGGAGGCAGAUAUCAUGUUCUUUGUGGACCUUCAAGUAAUCGUACGCAGGUGACUGAGCUCCUGCAGAAGAUUGAGGUGAUGGUGGAGGACAACGCUGAUGAGUUCUUCUUACCCCAAGUGUACUAUGAUCUGUUUGAGAGGAAGAUGCCAAGAGAGGUGUCAGAGACGAGAAGGAUGUAUGAGGAAAGAAUGAAACAAAGUCUGGCAAAACAGAAACAAAGAUACGAAUGGCAGCUGAAAAAUAUGGAGGAUUUGUAUAAAACAGAAAUGAAGGCAAAAGAGGGGUUGAGGAAGCGGAGGAGUAGUCUUGACAUUCCACUUACCUUCAGUGGCGAAGAGCAGCAGACAAAGGAUGAUCUUGGCCAUCAGAAAGUGGACCUGGAGGUAGUUAGAGAUGGUUACAAGGAGGCGGGUAUGGCUGUAAUGAAGCACUACAUCAAGCCAUUAUUUAUGAUAAUUACUACAAUCGUGGCAGCAUUCUUUGGGGCGAUUGCAGGAGCCCAAUAUGGACCACUGGGCUCAUGUCUUGGGAUUGUAGUUGGUAUUGGUGUCAGUGUUGUGGUGUGCUAUGCUGUCCGGGAAGCAGCUACAGCAGCAAGAGACAUUCCAUGCUCAACCCCAGUCCAAACAAAACACCUCCUUUUAUAGUAUUUUGGUAUAUAUUGUAUAUUAUGUACAGCCAGUGUUUCCCCUAGGUUUACAGCU